ACUUCACAGAUAUCCCCUGAAAAAACUUCCCUAUGAAAACCACCGUGUCAGCAGCAGCACAGCUCUAAACCCAGUAAAAACUCUUAAACCCUCUCUUGCCUUGUUCUCCUUCAAAACCCAAACGCAGUCUCUACAAAAAUCCCGACUUCCAUUCUUAUUUUCAGCUGAAUUCUGUGCAAAAAGCUAAAGCUAAAGCCAAAGUUGGUGAGGAGAAGUGAUAUGAAGUUAUGGCUUACUACUACAAGUCAUUGAAUCUCCACCACAUUUGGAAAGGAGGGUUUCACUGUGUGGGAGGAAAUUUUGCAGCAGCGAGUCGGAUUGUUGGCUUUAAUAACCUUUCCAAUUUUAAGAGAAAGGUUUUUCUGUCUCGUCCUUCAUCAGCUGUUCUAUUGAACAAGGGCUACUGUAGUUCAUCUCAAGUUGUUUCUGCAAUUCCUCAAAGUAAUGUACUAACCUCUUCCAAAAGUGAAAAUGAGGUGGUCCACCAAGAUUUGGUCAAGCGUGAAGAAAAAGCUGCGGAGACUAAUAAUCCUUCAAAUGGAAGAGUAAUGCUUAUAGAUGGUACAUCGGUCAUUUAUAGAGCGUACUUCAAGCUUUUAGCAAGGGUGCAUCAUGGUCAUCUAACACAUGCAGAUGGCAACGGAGAUUGGGUUUUAACUAUAUUUUCUGCGCUAUCUUUUAUAAUUGAUGUCCUGGGAUUCAUGCCUUCCCAUGCAGUGGUGGUGUUUGAUCAUGAUGGAGUACCGUAUGGAAAAACUAGUGUUUCACCCAACAAAACUGUCAUGGAAAAAGGCUUGAAUUUUCGCCACACUUUAUAUUCUUUAUACAAGAGCAACCGCCCUCCUACACCUGAUACUGUCUUCCAGGGGCUUCCAUAUUUGAAAGCUGCCAUCAAAGCUAUGUCCGUUAAGGUGAUUGAGGUACCGGGGGUAGAGGCAGAUGAUGUCAUUGGAACAUUGGCUGUAAAUAGUGUCAAGGAUGGUUUUAAGGUACGAGUUGUUUCUCCGGACAAAGACUUUUUUCAGAUUCUUUGUCCUUCAUUACGUCUUCUACGGAUUGCUCCACGUGGCCUUGAGAUGGUUUCAUUUGGAAUGGAGGAUUUUGCUGAAAAAUAUGGAGGAUUGAAACCUUCUCAGUUUGUUGAUGUAAUGGCUCUUAUGGGUGACAAAUCUGAUAAUAUUCCAGGAGUUGAAGGAAUUGGAGUUGUCCAUGCUGUGGAACUGAUCUCUAGAUUCGGCACAUUAGAGAAUUUGUUGAAAUGUGUUGAUCAAGUAGAAGGGGAGAGCAUUAGAAAGGCCUUGAGAGAGAAUGCUAAGCAGGCAGUACUAAGCAAGGAGCUGGCAAAGUUGCGAUGUGAGCUUCCAGAGUACAUGGUUCCAUUUGCUACCACAGAUUUGAUUUUUAAGAAACCUGAGGACAAUGGUGAGAAAUUUACAAACCUCUUGACUGCCGUCAGCUCUUAUGCUGAAGGCUUUUCAGCUGACAUGAUCAUCAGAAGAGCCUCCAAGUUGUGGGAAAAGCUUGAAGCAAGCUAGCAUAUAUGAUGAAUGCUCUAUCAAUUCUUGUCCAAAUUUUUAGUAUCCAAAAAUUUGAAGGGAAAUUUAUGAAAUGCAGAGGAAACGGUUCCUUUCUCAAGAUUUUA